UGGAAGACACUCGAUUUUUCAACUCAGUUGUUGUCGUCGCGCGGGCAAGCACAGUACGAGUACACCGUCAAUCGAAAAUUGUCAAUAAGCAUUUUUACGAGUCGAUUCUUGCGUUCGCCGUAGUGAAGGAAAAAAAUGAAAAAGUCCAAGACAGGUUCUUCGGCAAGGUUUCCAUUUUGGAACGAUCAGAUUCAUCGAUUCGAGUCGGAUUACGCGAAACUGCCGAAGGUGGUUCGCGAUGAAAUGAACUCGGCGAUGGAGCUGAUGGAACGGAUAACGGAGAAGAGCACCGAGGUUACGAUGAUCUGCCGGGGCUUCGUCAAGAUGAAGAAUCCCCUGUACCAGGAGGUGGUUCACGACUCCAUGUUCCACGGCAUCUGCUUCGCAUGGGCGGGCCGCUGUCUGGCAUACGCCCAGCCCCGCUCGCUCGAGUACGUCCAGGGCCUGCAGGCGCGCGCCAAUCUGCACUAUCACGUCGGCAACUGGGACGAGUGUCUGCUGGACGCUCGCGAGGCCUUGGACCAGAUGAAGCGCUACAAGCUCACCGACCUGCUGGGCACGGCCAAGAGGCUGGGCGAGCUGCUGGCCAAGGCCGAGGCCAAAGCCAUCGAACACCGCCCGGGGCCACACCCGAGCAUGAAUAAUUACGAGCCCCUGGACCUCGAGAACCAGAAGCCUCCGAAUGAUGGAUGUCUGUUCGACGGGGUCGAGCCGGCCUACAACGAGGAGUGGGGUCGUCACCUGGUGGCCAAGCGCGACAUCAAAGUAGGCGAGAUGAUUCUCGUCGAGGACAUGGACUGCUGCGUCCUGACCGAAGAAAAGAUCCACACGAAUUGCUCGCACUGCGCGGCCCAAGCCUGGUGCGGAGUGGCCUGCGAAAAGUGCGUGUACGCCCUCUACUGCUCUGUGGAGUGCAAAGACGCGGCCUGGAGCGAGUAUCACGAGAUCGAGUGUCAGAUCUUCGAGGAGGUGAAUCGGCGAAAGAAUCGGAUGGAGUGUCAGGCCGCCCUGAGGCUGCUUAUAAAGUUCAUCAAGAUGGAGGGAUUGGAACAAGUCAUCAGAAACACCAACAUUUAUGACAUUUAUGCAGAACUGUUUCGCAAGUGUUCUUUGGACAACUUGAACAUCUUAAUUUCCUCCACAUACCGUUGGUAUUACAGUUUGCUGGAUCGAGCCGGCAACGACAAGGACACAGAAAUGAUCCGCGAGGCGCGUAUCAUCGACGAGUACGCGGACGCCGAAGAAUCCUCUGAUAACGAUGUCGAGGCUGACGACGCCGUACUCAGCGUCGUGUUGGGGCAUUUAAAGCCCGACGAUGUCGACGAAGACAACUGCGACUACUGGAUGCGGACGGUCAGGAAGAUUUUCAAAAGGCUUCAGAGGAUUUUCCGAGUCAAUUCUCAUUGGUUCGGGUUGUUGCCCCGAAGAAAUUCGCCCAUCCCUUAUACCGCAGAGGUCAAAUGUUUCGCUUUCUCUUUUUAUUCCUCCUUGAUCAAUCACGAUUGCUUCAAUAAUUCUGCCCUGGCCAUUGGAAAAGGCGGAAAAUUGAUGGCUUAUGCGGUGGCUCCGAUAAAGAAAAACGAGCAGGUAACAAUUAGCUACUCGCACAUGGUACACUUCAAGCUGGAUGCGAUUACGAGGAGGCUCAACUUAGUUCAGGAGAGAAAGUUUAUCUGCAACUGCCGGGGUUGCGUCGACGAGUGGGUGCCAAGGCCACCAAGGACUCCUACCAAAACAUUGAAGACCAACAUUUUUCAUACCGCCUUGAUGCACCACACGUCAAGCAACAACAAUUGGUACUUGACCAUGCAGCAAAUAAUCAGUAAUAAAGUCAUUGUCGAAUUCAUCUACAAACAGAUAUAUGAAUCCUCGCCAGCGGCGGCCUUCCGCGAUACAGGUCAUUAUCGGCGGUUUAUAAAUCUGGCUUACCAUAUGAUGUAUGGAGUCGAAUGGAAAGUACCAGAGCAGUGUCAUUUCGAUUGAGCUUGAACUGUACAAAACUUCUUACAAAAAAAAUAUAAUUUUGGUAACAAUAUUUACAAGAAAUUUUAAAUUUAUGACACGUUUUUAAUUU